AUGCUUGCUCCAUGCGAUCACGUGCUUCUGGGGAAAGUACUUUCGCUUGAACUCCUUCUGGAAGCUCUCUCAAGUAAAGAUCAUAUGAAAAGGAGUUAUAGCCAAAAGAGUGAAGACUGCUCCAGACGGCUCUAUCGAGAAUGCCCGAACCGCGCAGUCCGGCUGGCCGAGGAACAUGUUCCGCGCUCGGCCAAAGUCAUAUCCGUCCGUCUGAAGUCUCGGCCAAAGUUCAAACCACCGGCCGAUCACAUCACGACCCGGGAAACAUUGUCCCGCGGUCGGCCAAGCCACACACGUCACGCCACCCGCGCACGACCAUGCCGCGCGAGCCGGGAACAAGCCUCGCGGCCGCGCAACCCUUCGCGUACCACGGCCGAUGCAUCCGUCCGAGCCGGGAAGACGUCCCACGUCCGGCCGAGAAACCAUCGGCCAAAUCUCAUCCGUCCGACCACGCCGGCCGACCGUAAUCAUCCGGCCACGACCGUUCCGACUCGGCCAAGACCCGACUGUCCGGCCGAUCGUCCCGACCGACCGUCCGAACGCCGCGGUCGACCCGAAGCCGUUUUUGAAGCCCAAUCCGCACAAUUCAAGCCCAAAGCCGGCGCCGACCUAGCUAGAUUAGCUUUUCAGGUUUUCCUAGUUAGAUAUGGAGAAGGAGCCACAAGCCUCUUCCCCUAUAAAGGCGAUGCCAAUUCGCCACAUACCACCUCAAAGCACCUCUUGAGCGAACAAGAGAUGUUAAGCCCUCAAGCACCACCACCUUCAUGGGAUAGUCCUCCAAGACCAUCCACUUUGAAGACAAAGAAGAAACUUCUUCCUUACCUUGAAGCAGCCGACCUGGAGACGUCUAGCCAAGCCGCAUCACACCAAGAAGAGUACCUUCUAGCCACACCAGAAGAGGAGAUUAACCCUGAGCUGAUCGAGUUCGUGAAGAGAGAUCAAUUCCAUGAUCUGUUUUCAGACACAUCACUAGCUGGACCAGCACUAGAUUGGGCGCAGCAUGAACCACCUCUACAAUCGAGUCAUGGAUCGAUUUUAGAGAAGCUUUCUUGGAAAGGAUUUGCAAGAAGCCACCUUUCAAAUCCAAGUACCUACCACUACUCUCAUCAGCUGGAGAGAGAGCGUGAUGAAGAAGAAUGGGGAGGCAUACCACCUCAUCCUGAAGUUCUGAAUGAAGAGCUAAUCAAGCAUGUGGAGAGGAAUCCUUUCUACAACUCUACUUCAGAAUGUGCAAAGGAGCAUCUAUGCAACUUUGAGCAGCUUUUCAUGACUAUGGACUUGGAGACAACCCCAAGAAGAUACAACUUUUCCAACUAUCACUAG